AUGAGAAGAAGAGAAUCAAAACACAGAUGGCGUCGAAUGCUGGAGAAAUACAAGACAGACGCCCCAACUAAAGAAAAGAGCAUAAUGCGGGGUAGGAAAAGUAAAGAAAUCAUUUGCUACUGUGAUGUUUGUAAAACAACGUCCUGUGUUACAACAGUGGCGAUCUUUUAUAUAUACCAUAAUAUAUUAUGUUUUUUUUUGAGGGGGGGGUCAUUCUUUCGUCUCUCUCUCUCUCUCUCUGUUUUUCAUCCUUUCGUCUCUCUCUCUCUCUCUCUGUUUUUCAUCCUUUCGUCUCUCUCUCUCUCUCUGUUUUUCACCCUUUCGUCUCUCUCUCUCUGUUUUUCAUUCUUUUCGUCUCUCUCAUUCUUUCUCUCUCUCUCUCUCUCGGUUUUUCAUUCUUUCGUCUCUCUCUCUCUCUCUCUCGGUUUUUCAUUCUUUCGUCUCUCUCUCUGUUUUUCAUUCUCUCUCUCUCUCGGUUUUUCAUUCCUUCGUCUCUCUCUCGGUUUUUCAUUCUUUUGUCUCUCUCUCUCUCUCGGUUUUUCAUUCUUUUGUCUCUCUCUCUCUCUCGGUUUUUCAUUCUUUCGUCUCUCUCUCUCGGUUUUUCAUUCUUUUGUCUCUCUCUCUCUCUCGGUUUUUCAUUCUUUUUUUUUCAUUCUUUCUCUCUCUCUCUUUUUCAUUCUUUCGCUCUCUCUCUUUUUCUCUCUCUCUCGGUUUUUUCAUUCUUUCUCGGUUUUUCAUUCUUUCGUCUCUCUCUCGGUUUUUCAUUCUUUUUCUCUCUCUCUCUCUCUCUCUCGGUUUUCAUUCUUUCUCGGUUUUUCAUUCUCUCUCUCUCUCUCUCGGUUUUUCAUUCUUUCGUCUCUCUCUCUCGGUUUUCAUUCUUCGUCUCUCUCGGUUUUUCAUUCCUUUCAUUCAUUCCUUCUCUCUCUCUCUCGGUUUUUCAUUCAUUCUCGGUUUUUCUUCCUCUCUCUCUCUCGGUUUUUCAUUCUUUUGUCUCUCUCUCUCUUUUUUUCAUUCUUUUGUCUCUCUCUCUCUCUCUCUGUUUUUCAUUCUUUCGUCUCUCUCGGUUUUUCAUUCAUUCGUCUCUCUCUCGGUUUUUCAUUCAUUCGUCUCUCUCUCGGUUUUUCAUUCCUUCGUCUCUCUCUCGGUUUUUCAUUCCUUCGUCUCUCUCUCGGUUUUUCAUUCCUUCGUCUCUCGUGUUAUGCAUCCAUCAUUCGUGAUGAGAAUAACUACAUCCAACGUCAGAAAGGCUGCACUAAUCGUCCAGAAAUCCUGACAUGCUCACCAAAAAUGGAAUCCAUAUUUAAUAUAGAGUGCUGCAACACAGACUUUUGUAACAGAAACAUCACUGUAACAUUACAUUCUGAAAUGAAACAAACCGUCUCCUUACCAAUUAAUCUGGCUCUGCUUAUAGGCAUCCUGGUUCCGAUCCUUUUUUCAGUAAUGCUGAUUAUAGUAGUUAUUAGUUAUUUCCGAUGGAAAUACAAAAGACGAAUGGAUGACCUGUGUGUCCGUGAACGUCGCCUUUUAGAUGAUUGUGACAGCAAGUCAAGUAAAGAAGAAAAAAGUUCACUGAAGGAAUUAUAUGAUCAGUCUGUUACAUCUGGAAGUGGCUCAGGGUUGCCAUUUCUUGUUCAAAGCACUGUGGCUCGACAGGUUAUGAUGGUGGAAAUGAUAGGGAAAGGUCGUUAUGGAGAAGUCUGGAAAGGAAUGUACCAUGGGGAAUGCAUUGCUGUAAAAACUUUCUCUUCAAGGGACGAAGCUAGCUGGGACCGUGAGACAGAAAUUUACAACACUGUUCUUUUACGUCAUGACAACAUUCUUGGAUACUUGGCUUCUGAUAUGACCAGUCGCAACUCAUGCACACAACUCUGGCUCAUUAUGCAUUUCCAUGUCAAUGGUUCUCUCUAUGAUUAUUUGCAGCAUGUUGUGCUUGACCACCAGUCCAUGCUUUUGCUUGCAUACUCGGCUGCAGCUGGCAUCGUCCAUCUCCAUACUGAAAUCCUUGGCAAGCAAGGAAAGCCAGCCAUUGCACACCGAGACAUUAAAUCUAAGAAUAUUCUAGUGAAAAAAGAUGGGUCUUGUUGCAUUGGAGAUUUGGGUCUGGCUGUUAUUCAUAGUCGUGAAAAUAAUUAUCUCGAUCUUGGUAACAAUCCAAAAGUUGGUACAAAGCGUUACAUGGCCCCAGAAAUCCUUGAGGAGACUCUUAACCCAAAUCUCUUUGAGUCUUUCAAAUGUGUAGAUGUCUAUGCAUUUGGACUGGUACUUUGGGAAAUCACACGGCGCUGUGUUGUUAAUGGAAUCUCUGAAGAGUAUAAGCCUCCAUUUUGGGAUGUGGUACCAAGUGACCCUAGUUUUGAGGAUAUGAGGAAAGUAGUCUGCACUGACCAACAACGUCCAGUCAUCCCUAAUCGUUGGUCCACUGAUCCAGUUUUGAACCAGAUGAGUAAACUCAUGAAAGAAUGUUGGCGAGCUGAGAGUAAAGCUCGUCUCUCAAUGCUCCAUGAUGUUAUACCAGCAAAUAUAAAAAACAAGCCAUCCUUAGGAUUGAAUAUCCCUCCAUUUUCAUUUUUUUCCUUCUCUCUCUCUCUUUCUUCCUCUCUCUUUCUUCCUCUCUCUCUUUCUUCCUCUCUCUCUCUCUUUCUUCCUCUCUCUCUCUUUCUUCCUCUCUCUCUCUCUUUCUUCCUCUCUCUCUCUUUCUUUCUUUUUCUUUUUUUAUUUUUAUUUUUAUUUUCAUUUUCAUCAGCUUACUUUUGGAAACAGGUUAGUAUUUGCUAA